AUGAAUUUCUCCGGCAAGUACCAGCUGCAGAGCCAGGAAAACUUCGAGCCCUUCAUGAAGGCAAUGGGUAUGCCUGACGACCUCAUCCAGAAGGGGAAGGACCUCAAGGGAGUGUCGGAGGUAGUGCAGAAUGGGAAACACUUCAAGCUCACCAUCACCACCGGGUCCAAAGUGAUCCAGAAUGAGUUCACCUUGGGGGAGGAGUGCGAGCUGGAGACCAUGACUGGGGAGAAGGUCAAGGCAGUCGUUAAUAUGGAAGGUGAUAAUAAACUGGUGACAUCUUUCAAAGGCAUCAAGUCCGUGACAGAACUCAACGGAGACACAGUCACCCACAUCAUGACAUUGGGUGACAUUGUCUUCAAGAGAAUCAGCAAGAGAAUUUAG